AUGGACUCUGCGCCAUAUUUCUUCGACGAAGUGGAGCGGAUAGCCGACCCCAACUACAUUCCCAUCGAAUCGGACGUCCUACGCGCGCGUACCAAGACGACGGGUAUCUACGAGACACGCUUCACAAUGGGCCAAUUGAGCAUCCAUAUGUUUGACGUGGGCGGCCAGCGGAGCGAACGCAAGAAAUGGAUACAUUGUUUCGAGAACGUCACAUCCAUCAUCUUCUGCGUCGCCUUGAGCGAAUACGACCAGGUUCUGUUGGAAGAAAGCUCGCAAAACCGCAUGAUGGAGAGUUUAGUCUUAUUCGACUCGGUCGUCAACAGUCGGUGGUUCAUGAGAACGAGCAUCAUCUUGUUCCUGAACAAGGUCGACCUGUUCAAGGCGAAGCUGGCCCGCUCACCACUCGGCAACUAUUUUCCAGAUUACUCGGGAGGUAACGAUGUCAACCGCGCCGCCAAGUACCUGCUCUGGAGAUUUAAUCAGGUGAAUCGAGCGCACCUGAACCUCUAUCCUCACCUCACACAAGCAACCGACACAUCAAAUAUCCGCCUCGUCUUCGCCGCUGUAAAGGAAACCAUACUCCAAAACGCCCUCAAAGACUCGGGAAUCCUCUGA